AUGCGCCACGUCUUCCCCUUUUCCGCAAGGUAUAAUGCACUCCUAGCGACAGUUUACCUGUCACUGAUACCCUGCGCGCUUGCGUACCUCAUCCCCGGGCUGCGGGCCAGCGGGCGGAACAGAUCUUCGCUAUUUCUACCACUCAUGGUGUCCUUCGCAUUUGGAGGGUUGAUGGGAGACGUGUUCCUAUGCUUGCUCCCCGAGGUUUUCCACUCCCACGAGCUUGAUGGGGUAGAGCGCAUCAUGGAGAUGAUGCGGCGGCCGGACGAGCGCGUGGCCUCGGGAUUGAUCCGCAUGGCGCACGAGCACACCCCGAAUAUGGCAUUGGGCAUGGCGGUCUUCGCCGGGUUUUUCCUCUUCCUCGCGGUGGAUAAGACCCUCCGCAUUGUGGGCGGAGACGACGCUAGCCUACACUCUCACAGUCACGCGCACGCGCACUCCCACAACGACGUCUCGUCACACGCGCAGCACGGAAUUGGCGCCGCAUGCACCCCCUCCAACGUGUUCUUGGAGGAGGCCGAGCAGACGCUGAAGAAACGGAACAAGAGCGAUAUCCUCCUGGAAUCGGAGUCAUCUGCGGAGCAGACCAGUGCGCCCGGGAUGCCUGCCUCCGCUGCGACCGGCGCGCCGGUCUCGCAGUCUUUGCGCACCUCCAUCUACCUCAACCUUGCGUCCGGUUUCAUCCACAAUCUCACAGACGGUGUCGCCAUCGCCACCGCCUUCUACACCUCCAAGAGCGUCGGCGUCACCACCACCAUCGCCGUCUUGAUGCACGAGAUUCCGCAUGAGUUGGGCGACCUCGCGCUGUCGCUGUCCAGCGGCAUGUCCUUCAGCUACGCCAUGAAGUCCCAGCUGCUCACGUCUUUCGGCGCCCUGCUUGGGACUGCCGCCGGCUGCUUGCUGAACGAGUUCGCCCACCAGGAGCCCAAAUCUUUCAUUCCCGAAAUCGGCCUUCUAACGAAUACCUACUCCCGUAACACGUGGGGCCUCUCCAUACCUCCGCAGGACUUGAUUUUGCCCCUGACGGCAGGCGGGUUCCUAUACAUUGGCACCGUCGGCGUUGUGCCAGAGCUUCUACAUACCACCUAUCCUGACAACCCCUCGAAGGAAUUGAUGAAGACCAUGCUGCAGGUCGUCGCAAUUUUCGCGGGCUUUUCUUUGAUGUCAGUGAUGGCCUGA